GAAGAACCGAUCAGAGAUUAAAUUAAAGAUGAUUUUAAUUUUUUCUUCUAUUUCCCUUCACCACCUCUCCUCUUGCCGCCCCCGCGCAUGCAUGCGUAAUGAAAUCGCGUGGCGAACCUAUCAGCAAGUUGACCGCGAUGUCGGCGCGCAUGUGUACAUUGUGUACGCGCAGUACGACGACGGGUGCCUCAUCGUUACGUACGUCGAUGGUACCGUGAACGAUCGGGUGACGCGUUCCUAGGUGUUUCGUCUAAACGACGGCAAGGAGAGUCAAAUCAUCGACUGUUCAUAGUCCGCGGUCCACGGCGUCGAGGAAGGUAUCCGUCCGAGAGGAAGGGAUCCUCCGCGACGUCGCCACGCGACGGAAAUAACACCGUCGCAGGGAACUCGUGAAGGAGAGGGAACGGAAGAGAAAGAAGGAGAGAGAGAGAGAGAGAGAGAGAGAGAGAUAAGGAUUGGAGACGCAACUCACGCAACUCAAGGAGCGCGAAACAUCUGAUUGUUUGACGCGAACGCUCGACAACUUCGUCGGGGAGCGGUCGGAGUGGGUCCUUGCAGCGUGAGAGGUUAGGUGGAAUGUCCGAGAGCAACAUCAUCGUCUAGGGUAAAUACGCUCAAGACGAGGAUAUGUAGAGACACGAUGAUCUUUGACAUUCCGAGUGCGCAAGCCUGCAGAAGAGACGAAUUGUGGAACCUGAGAGGCAAGAAUCGUCAAUGCUUAGUGCAAUAAAUGUGCAUCUUGAUGAAGAGAUGCUCGUUGCUACGGCAUGUUAAACUACCAAAGAUUGUGCGGUGCUAGGUUGUUGUAUUUACGCGAACUCUUGUUGCAAUUGUAUUGAGGUGUUAGGCUAAAGAGUGGAAUGAGUUACAGCAAUUUCGGCCGAGGAAGGGGCUACCCGCAGGGUACACGUGCCGCGCGUCGCUUCGGUAGGCCCCGAUUUCCACGUCCACCCUUUCGACAUGCAGCACCUCUACCGAGGCCAGGACAUCCCGCGCAAUUCGGUGUGCCCUGGCAGCCGAACAAUAUGUUUUUUCAGCCUCAUACGCCGUUACGUGGCAGCCCGCCCUUUAGAGCAGACGGUAGGCGAAGGAGAUUCUGUAAUUAUGACGUUCGAUUCCCCGCCCCUAAUAGAUUGCCCAUACUUCCGAGUUUUGAGGAGACUCCCGUGUUGCCGGAAGAGCCGAUUAUGCAGGAGACCAAUAUAAUUGAAACUGUGCCACAACUUCCUUUGCUUGGCUCAGAAGAGGAACGGCAACAAAAAAUAAUUGAAACAGCAGAUCGAUUGAAGCAGAAACUCUCUUCUUUUAACAUUGAUGACAUCCCAGAUAUUUGGAAUGAAGAUAUAUCAUCUAACAUUAUUGAGGACAAUACAGAGGAUAAUGCCCAGAGACAUAUCCCUGUAGUAGGAUACAAAUCAUCUGAGAUCAAUUUGACGUACAAUGAUCUAAAGAACAUUGGAAAAAUAAAUCCUGAUAAUACACAGUAUAUUGCGAAUGAAUUUGAUAUUACUAAUAAUAUAGAUAUUAUUAAUAAUACAGACAGUGACAUAAUGAUAUUAGACGAGAACAGAGAUGAAACUCAUUUACCUAACGAUCAAAUGACAAAUCUGGAAAAUGUACCAGAUGAUAAUCAAUACAUGGAAGUGGACAAGGAAUGGAUUGAGAAUGGACAAGGAGUGGACUGGGAGCUUCAAGAGCCAGUUGAUAAUUCUCAGAAUUUAGAACAACCAGAUCUACAUACAGAUAACAUUAUUGAAAAUGAAUUAUUAGAAUCAGACUUUCAAUACCAGUAUGAUACACCACUGAUUAAUAUUUCACAAGAGCAAGAUGAUCAACAACAGGAUAUUUCACAGGGAAUCGAAAUAUAUACCACAGAUGUUAUGAAAGAGUCAGAUGAGUCUGAAACACUAGAUUUACAAGCUGAUGUAUCAUUUCCAAUCGAUUCAACGGAUCAGGACAUUUUGCAGGACGUAUCGCAAGAGAAAGAGGAACUUUUUGAAAAUUUACAAGUUCAAGAAAGUGCUUUAAAUUCUCAUGUUCAUGCAGAAAAUUCAAAUAGCAGUAAUUGUACAUUGACACAAACACUAUUAAUUGAUACACCAGUAAGUAAUGUCACAUUAGAUAAUCAAUUGCCAAGAAUGAAGGAAAAUUCUUUUCAGAGUGGUCCACCAAAACUGUCUCCACAUACAGAACAGGAGUUGCCCGUUGAUUUUGAUCCUACUACUCCACCGCCAAUAUUACUAAAACAAGAUCAAUCGUGUAUUUUACCUCCAUAUUCAAUUCCUGAUUUACCAUUAUUCGAUCCCACUGAACCACCACCAAAUAUGAAAUGUUUACUCGGGACAAAAAUGCCCCAUGAAGACGCAAAUCCUCCAUGGAGUAAUGCUCAAAAUCCAAUACCUGCUGUCUAUAAUAAUAUGGAAGUUCACACGAGCUUAAAUACACAUGGAGGAUUUAUGCCUCAACAAUUACCAUUAGAAAUCAAUCAAAGUAAUGUUUUUAUGCCAUCUCAUAUCGAUUCAGUAAAUUUUUCUCCAAUGUUUCCUAUGCUGCCCAGCAAUCCUGUUGUCAAUACACAUGUUCCGUCAUUGCCUCAAGUACAUGCAGCGCCUCUUAAUACUUGUGUGUCUUCAUCUUCUUUACCAGAGCUUUCUUCGUCCUCUGAUUUGCAUUGCAGCAUAAAUAAAGAUGAUGGUUUGAACGACAUGCAGGAAGCUAUGAGAUUUGCAAAAGAAAUGACAAGUAUAACAGGAAAGACAGAUGAAGAAUCUAAAUCAAGUUCCAAAAGUUACAAAUCUUUUUCCAAAAGCAGUACCUCAAUUGAUCCUGCUAGCGAUGUAGAGUCUAUAGCACUGCCUCCAGGAAAGCCAAAAACCAAAACCAAUAAGCAAAAAAAGAUAAAAGAAAAUGACACGAGUAGCAAGAAAAGAAUAUCUGAAGAACAAAGUACAGCAGACUAUCCAUCAUCGGAAGAAACGACACAAGAUGCAAAUGUGAAAGCUAAGGAUGCUGCCGCGUUAAUGAAUGAAUUAGAGCGUCCUAAAGUAGUAUUUAAUUUGAAUAAUAAAGCGAAAGUAGUAAGUACCAAGUCAUCGUGGAAAGAAAAUAACGAGAAAAAAAAUGGAAUGACAUAUUCCAUAGAACCAGAAAAAACAUCUACAGCAAAAAUAUCUUCAAUAGAACUAGAAAAAUCUCUCGCAGCAAAAACACCUUCCAUAGAACCAGAAAAAACAUUUAUAGAACCAGAAAAAUCAUCUGCAGCAAAAACACCUUCGAUAACUAAAAAGAAUUUAGAAAAUACGUUGUUAAAGCAUAAAAAAGAAGAGAAGAAUUUGAAGAAAAAAGAAAAUAAUUCUGAGAAUGCAAUAUCAUCCGAGAUUGCAAACCAAAAUAUUAUAUUGCAUCAUAAAAAACCACAAAAAGAUGUCCAUACAGAAAAAUCUCAACAUUCUAACGUUUCACUUCCGAAAGUCAACGUGCCAAGUUCGAAAAACCGUGCAGAAAAGAACGAGAAUUCUAAAAUGGAUGCUUCGUGGAAAAACAGGAUCAUUAGUCGAUUCUUAAAGAUGAGUAAGAACGAUAUUUACAACAUGGUGAAUAACACUAGUCUUCGAAAGUUCGAUAUUAUAAUGAAGCGUCUAGUCAAAGAAAAAAAGCCUACAUUAUCCUUGGAGAUGAGACACGCACAGGACGAAAAGAUGAAACUAUAUGAUCAACAGGAAUUUAUGAAGCAAUUAAAUGCGAUGUUGGACACCGACGCUAUCGUAUCCAUUACGGAUCUACCUACAGAGUUUAUACAUCAUUUGAAUGAAGUAUUACAAUUGGAUGUACAACCAGACAUUCAUGCCGAGCAUUCUGCAGCAGCUUCGAGCAGUCAAUAUGGUCAUUUGGAAGAUAUAAAUCGUACGUUCAAUCCCGUAAUAACCCAAAUCCCAGAAUGCACGAAUAAAACAACAAUGUUGAAUGAUGUUAGUCAGGAAUGUGUAAAAAGCAAAGGUCAUGUGGUAAAAACGGGAUCUAACAAAAAUGUACCGGCACAUAGUACUAUAAAUAAUGAUCUUAAUUUAAAAGAUGACACUUGUAAUCCUAUUGUAACUAACGUUUCUAAUGUUAAUAAUAGCUUGUUGACUCUACAACAUGAUUUGGAUGAUAUAUUUUCAGAAGUAACGAAGAAAAUUCAAACACCUGCGGCAGUAAAAGAACGUAAGCGUAUGGGGCAACAAAGUGCAAAGAAAUUCAAUGUUGGCGCGAUUUCGAGAAGCAUGGAGAAAGAAGCAUUCAUGGAAGAUGAGAGAACACAUAGACUGGAGAAUAGCCCGCACUGGGACGAGAAGUGCGAUAGAUGGAAAAGGAAGGAACGAGAAGAUCCACAUGCAUAUAGAAAUCUUACUAAAGAAGAAUGGGAAGCAAGAUAUGGAAUGCAAACAGAUUUGACAGUCUGUAUUCCUUCCAAUAAUAUAGAUAGUCCAAAAAGGAUUGUUGUUACCAAGAGAGGACGCGGUUUAUUAAGUAGAGGACGCGGUAGAAAAGUUUAUCCACGACGUCGUUAUUCAUCUGAAUCUUCAAAACAACAAUUAAAUACAAGACACAGAAGUUUGGAAAAGGAAAAACACAAAAAAUCUAGACGGCAUAGUGACGAUAGAAAACAUACUACAGAAUAUUUAGAAUAUGAUAUCAAUCAGGACAGUGACAGUAGUAGCAGCAGCACUAGUAGCAGUAGCAGCAGUAAUAGUAGUGAUAACACAAAUGUUACAAAGUUAUUGAGAGCGAUAAAAGAAAAUGAAAAAGUAGCCAAACAAAUGUCAUUGAACGAAGCGAUAAGAGACGAGGUAAAUGCCGAGAUUGAACGAGAGCGGAAAUCGAGAAAAUCGCGGAAGACUUAUAGAAGCUCCAAGAGCCGAAAGCAGAAAAAAGCACGUUAUAAGAAAAAAAAGAGACAAAACAAGGAAAUAACGAGCUCCUCUGAUUCCUCCUCAGAAAAAGGCAAUGACGAUAAUGAAAUGACUAAUAGAUUGCUGACGGAAAAGGAAAUUAAGAAGGAAGUCAUAGAAAAUCAGGUUAUACAAGAAGUUAUUGUUAAAGAGGAAUUAGACAUUAGUCAAGAAGAGAAUACCAGAGACGCUGAAUUUAUAAAUGCUUCGAAUCAUCUUAUGACUAUAGAAAAUAAGACAGCACAUUUCUUCUCCACAUCACAGAAUAGAGUGGAAUCUCCUUUAGCACAAGAAAUUCCGCUGAUAUCUAUUAAUACCACGCAACUACAUGCUGAAGAGAGAUUGCCGAUAGGUUCCCCUACGCAACUAAAAACUAAAGCGCAGCUGAAGCAGAUGCCAGAAACAUCCGAUAUGAAUGAUAAUAAAGUUCCCUUGAAUGUAUUUACUUGCAUACCGGAAAAUUGGAAUGUACCUAAUCCGGCAAGUUUAUCGGAAUGUACGGAAGAUUUAAAUAAAAUCUAUGAAACACCUGACGCUGGCUGCAGUCAAGAUAAGACUGUUUUGUCGACAAAUGACAGUAUAAUAGAGCAAAGCAGUAUUGCACAUGUAUCGGCAUGUAGCAGCGAAGUUAAUGAAAAUGCGAUAUUGCAACAAUCGGACGCAACAACACAUACUCUUACUGAAUUGUCUAUUAAAAUACAAGACAGUAAAUCAGUAGCUAAAAUCUCAGCUAUUGAUAACGAUACAUCAAGAGCAUCAACGGCUGCUACGUCAGCAUCCUUAUCAAGUGUCCCGCCUGCGAGUACUGCGAGUCCAAAGCAAGGUGGCAGCAAAAAGAUCAACAUAAAGACGUAUUACGAGCGCACCGUACAACGUCGUAUGAAUGAGAAAUUGGAAUCGAAGAAGCCUGCAGAAAAUCCUACAUCAACACAAAAUUUAAUUACACCGAAAAGCAUAGAAUCAGAAAUUGCAGUAAAUAAAUUUACAUUAACAUCUACAUCCAGCAGCUCCAUUCAAGAUCCACGAUUAGCACCGAAACGUUCUGAAGAAAAUUCAAAUCGUACCGUCAAUAAUGAUAGCGUCGUUCAAAAAAGUAAUCAGAUUAAAUCAAAAGAUAAAGUAUCGCUUGCUACUAGCAGUGUCAAUGUAUUGCCCAACGUUGUAAUGACAUCUAAAAUUGUAGCGUCUAAAGCAAAGAAAUGCUCAGAAGUUAAGAACACUGCAACAGAUAAGACAUUACAAAGCAAAGUUGCGUCUGAUCCUAAACGAUUUAAAAAUAUUCGAUCGGAAGGUAGUAAAGAAUUGAAGCUGAAGAAAGAAAUGGCAAAAGAACAAAAAGCAAAAAAGAAGACUGUGACGCCAUCAAAAUCUGAUAAUUUAAUUUCAACAAAAAUAUAUUUUCCUUUGGAAAAGACAACAAGCACAGAAGAAAAAGAAAAAAAGAUCAAUAAUAUUAAUGACAUAAACAAAGUAAAAAUUAAAGGAAUACAGUCGAUAAGUUCUCAAAAUAAGAUAAAUACUAGCAAUGUGAAAACGUCAACAAUUUCUUCUGGCAACGCUGAUAACGAUAAUAAUGAAUUACCGCAUAAUACUAUUAAGAAAGAACGUUCUUUGAAUUUAGAAGUUCGUGAACGAGGAAACGCUGAAAAAGUUGCAAGUAACAUUGAAAGCACUGAUACGCGCGAACAUUCUUCUAAGAUGAUGCAAGAUGAAAUUCAUAAUAUAAAGCGUGCAAAGAAUACAAGUGUUAAGAUUGCGGAUAAAAAAAGCCAUAAAAAAAUUCGUAAUAUCACUUCUGAAUCCGAUAUAUCGACAGCUUCUAAAAUUGUCCUGAAAAUCUCUGAAAGUAAAAUCUCAAAUAGCAUAGAAAAAAUAAACAAGGAUAUCUCAACUGAGAUUCAACAAUCUGAUACAAUCAAAAACAUAAAAUUUUCAUUGAAUAACACGGACGAAAGUCAAAUCAAAAAAUCAGAUCGAGAUUUAACGGAGAGCACAAUUAAUCGCAGCAUUUCCGAAUUGGAUGCGGUAUCUCGAGUAGAUAGUAUCGAUAAACAAAGUAAAAAAAAUUUGUUAGUAAAUAUCGAAAGCACUAGCAGCACUAAGGAAAACGAUAUGAAAUUAAAUAUUCUUGACGCUACAAAUAAAUCUGCGAGCGCGAAUAAGGACAAUUCUCUGGGUAAAAAGACCGCUGAGUCAUCAUCAACUUCGAACGAAAACUCUCAAGAACGGCAAAGCAUAGAGAACAACGUUAUUUCUUCUGACAGCGUAGGUAGUCCGUUUAAAGGCUUUCUUCAGGAAACUGUAAUGGACUUCGAGCAGCCUAACUUAUUCGACGUGAAUUAUGUGACGACAAGUGCCAAUUGCAAGGAUAUGAAGAUCGAAGGGCGACAGGAUUAUGAAACGCUAGAACCUGGUACUGAUUACACUAACGAUACGAAUAUUAAUGCCAACGAGAAUUUUAAUAUCGCUUUUGGUGACAAUUUACUUUCUUCAGAUAAAGAAUGCGUGACGAAUGAGAAGAAUGAUAAAUCCGAUUUGACAACAGAUGAAAACGGAGAAGGGCAUGUAAGAAAAUCCUCAAACGAGAUAGUCACGACCAUAUUACACGAUGAUGUCAACGAUAUCAAUAUCGGUAGAAGUAAUGAGACGGAUAGACGGUUGACCAUAAGCAAGGAAGGAUACACGUCUUGCGCGGGAUUAGUGAUUAAAGAAUCUAUGUUAUUAGAUAACGAGGAAGAAAUUAUUCAAAGCGAAGUUCGAUCGAAGGAUUUGAUAAGUAAGCUGAAAACUACAACUGAUCCCAGUUUAUCUGAUGCGUUAGAAGCAACAAUCUCGGAUGAUGCAUUGAGAUUGCCGGAUUGUCAAAGAGAUUGCGCGGAACAUCUCGAUAAUCAUAUUUAUUUAGAAACUAAUAUAUCCGCAGAGAAAGCAUCCUGCGACAAAUUGCCGGGCUUCGAUUCCGACGAGCAUUUAGAUAAUGACAUAUUCUAUUUAGAUGAUCGUUUGCAAAACACUGCUACGUUCGACACCAAGGACGACGAGUGCGUGCAUUUCUCUGUUGAUCAACAAAGCCCAGAAUUCGAUAUUAUGCCCGCGGUGAUUCCGGAAACAACAAUGAUUACAUCGUGCGCAGAUUUAUCGCGCAGCGAAGUAUCGAAAUCGGAGGGAUGUAAAUUCGACAUGAAGCAUAUUUCACCAACGGAAAACAAUUUGCUCGCGGGAUCAUCACCGAUGGAUUCGCCGACUGGUUCGCCGAGAACUUUAAAUGUCCCGACAAAAGCUGCCUUGAAGGAGGCCGCGAAUCUCUUUUUGAAAUCUUUAAGCAAUGUACCGACGGCAACUAAAGAAGUAGCACUUGAAAUAUUAGACAAAACACAGCAGAACGAAACGGAUAUAAAUUACCAAACGCCGACUUGGCGUAUGGAGGAACAAAACAAUAGAAAACCGAGCACGCCAGAAAUUGAUAACAAUACGACUACCGCGCAAAAUGCUCACAACAAUAUGACUGCGCAGGUUAGCCUAAACGUAAACAAAAUACCGGCGCAUAAUAGCACAUGUGGUGAAUCAGUUGAAUCGGUCCGUAAAGAUGUUGGUGUUAAUGCUGAUCAUGAUAAGUCCAUAGUAUCUCCGACUAACGUCGAGAAACGUCUUCACAGUAAUAUACAACGUGAACCGGUUGUCGAAUUAUUAAAGAUGAAAGAAUUGGAUAAACUGUUGGAAAAGAGGAGCCAGGAAAAUUCUGAGAAAAUAAAAGAGAAAGUUCAUGAAGAAAAGAGAAGCCAAGAAACUUCCGCGAGGAUCAGAGAGAAAGAUUACGAAGAUCAGAAAAAACGUAACGAUUCAGUUUUAUAUAGGUUAAAAGAUAAACGGCAAAUGAAAUAUCGAUCUAAAGAAACGCUGAGGAAGAACAGUUUGGUGAAGAGACUUAAGAAAAUGAAACGAUCUGGGAAAAUCGUUGGUAACACGAAGGAAGCUGUUUUGGCUAGAAUGUUGGAAAUUGAUCUCGAGAUUCAUAAGCUAGUGACGGAGAAAUUAAAGUUGCACGAAUUAUUACGAAGUAAUAUUCCGUCGAGUGAAAAAUCUAUGCCAAAUGACAGUGUAGUAUUAAGAACGGCAGAAAACAAUACUGUUCCCAAUCAGUUUGAAAUACCGUCAACGUCACAGAAUAGUGAAAUAAAUCAUGCUAAACAAGACAGACACAUGUCUCCGUCGAAGUCGUCGAAGCUGAUUAAGAGAAAGAGAACUUUGUCCUCACAAGAUAAUGAGAAUACGAAUUACACACCUAGGUCGAAAACGCCGGUGAUUAGAUGGAAAAAGAAGCCACGAUUAGAACGGACAGUCAGACAGCAGAAAGACGAAGGAAAAGAUGAAGAAGAAAAUUUUAACAAAGUGACAAAGGAACAGGUUCCGACUUCUGUGAGUAAAAAAAUAGAAAAUGGUAUUAUUAACACAUCUGAAAAUUUUCAGAAAUCGAACGCCGUAAAAAAUAAUAAAGCGCGAAAGGACAAAACCGUUAGAAAAAAGACUGACAAGGAGGCUGAUAUUAGUUCGAAACGCUCGAUCGAUUCAGAUAAAAGUGCAACGGAUAAAAGUGCGGAUGAGCGUUCAGAAUGUCGGGACUCUACUGAAGGCGAGACUGAACGUGCAAAACAUUUUGAUACUGAUAAGUCAAAUGACAUUUCGCCACCGAGUGAAGUGAUGAAGGUAAAUUCUCAGCUGUCAAACAAGCACGUGCACAGCACUCCGGAAUCCUUGUCUAUAUAUACUGAUGAUAGCACGUGGGAUUCUCUGGUGCAAAAUACUGCGUCGGAGAUACAUAAGAAAGCAUCGGGUCUCGCUUUGCUAAACGAGGCACUUAAAAAAGAGAUAGCUAUGUCGCAGAAGAUGAAAUCGAUCGUACAAAAGAAAAAGAAAGAGCAGCUGGACAACAUCUUGAGGACGGUUAACAAUCUAACAGGUGAGGAAGAGAAUUUACCUCUGGACCAGUUAUAUAUCAAGAAGCUGCAGCAAAAACGAGAUUUGCUCGACACGCUCAGUCAGAGGAAAGAAAAUCUUAUUGAAUCAAAUAUCUUGAAGAACAUAAAUGAGACGAUAAACACUAUAGCGGAGAACAAAGAGGAAAAUCUUUUUGAACCUCAAUCGGAAGCGCGAGCUUCUGAUGAUACUCCACUAACGUCCAACGUCUCUCCAGUAUUGCAGUCCGAUAAGCAUCAAAUUCUCGUUGAUGCUGAAGCAAACGCCAAUUCGGAUUGGCCUUGUCGAGAGAAAGAAAAUACAGAAGAAGUUGCAUUGCAACAAGACAGUAAUGAUGUACCUGAUGGAUCGAAUCAUGUUUUUAAAGCCGUGAGUCAGGACAAAGUUCUUUUCUACAGUGAACGUAACGUGGAGCCUGACAGUAGCAUUACUCCUGAAGAAACUCAAGUGGAAAGUCAUUCCUCAGAUUGCGAACGUGACCGUGUGAAGAAUUCCAAUGAUGUUGCUUUGCGUAACUUUGAUAUUAAAGUAUCCGUGCCCAAAACUUUAAUAAAAGAUGAUUUCAGUCUGGGAUUGUUGCAAAAAAAUAAAGAUACGAAAGACAGUACGGAAAUCGUAAGCACUGAUUUGGUCGAUUCUACAACAAAUGCAUUUUCGGCUCAAACUGAGAGAUUGAAAGAGAAGGAUAAGAAUUCUGCAACAAACGUAUUUUCGGCUCAAACUGAGAGAUUGGAAGAGAAGGAUAAGCAUUCUACAACAAACGUAUUUUCGGCUCACACUGAGAGGUUGGAAGAAAAGGAUAAGGAUUCUAUAACAAACGCAUCUUCGGCUCACACUGAGAGAUUGGAAGAGAAAGAUAAGGAUUUUACAACAAACGCAUUUUCGGCUCACACUGAGAGAUUGGAAGAAAAGGAUAAGGAUUCUACAACAAAUACAUCUUCGGCUCACAUUGAGAGAUUAGAAGAGAAAGAUAAGGAUUCUACAACAAACGAAUUUUCAGUUCACACCGAGAGAUUGGAAAAAAAGGAUGAAAAUUCACAAAGAAUCUUGCAAGCUGAUAAUUCGACUGUAGAGAAAGACAAGAAGGAUGAAAAAGAUAAAGCGAAAGAUAAAUGUACAGUGAACGCAAAUGAAAAGGAAGAAGCGAUCGAUAGUGCAAGUAAUACACCAUCUGUGCCGCAAUUAGUCACUGCGAACUCCGAUGAAAAUGAGCGAUCUAAUAACAGCGUUGAAUCUAACGACAAGAUAGCAAUAAUAGAUACAGAGCGUGACUCAAACAUCUUGGAGAAAAUAGAUAUAGAUACGAAACAGAAAAAAUCAGAUGCUGAAUCCGAGCAGUUCUCGAAUGACAUGAUUGCUGUGAAACAAGAUUGUCAAAACGUCGAGAAUACCAUUAAAGCCAUCAAAGAAGAAGAGAAAAAUAAUCCUGAAAAUAAAUCCGACACAUUUGAGAAAAUUCUAAAUAUUGAUCAAGGCAGUUUCGUUCCAAUUGAUCUAAUGAACGAAAGAUCAGAAGACGAAGUGUUCGUUGAACAAAUGUCCGGUUUGGAACACACGUCGACUUCUACCUUCUCGUCCAAUAAAGCAAAGGGCAAAGAUAUGAGCAAAAAGUUUCGUCGCAAACACGACACUUCAACACCGAUCCGAAGAAGUACCAGAAACUCCAAUGAAAACAAAUCUAGUAAGAUGAAUGAAACCGAUACUAAUUCAAGCAGCAGCGGACCUUCUUCACGAGAGACGAGCGUUUUUCAUGAGAAUGAUUUAACAGCGCGUAGCAGAAGCAAAUCCCCAACGUGGACAAAGCGUGAUGAAAGAAUUGUAAAUAAUGUUAGGAAGAAUCGUGUUUCACAGAAAGUGCAAAAUACGAAUACCCGAAAAGUUAGUACUGAAUCUGAAACGAAGAUCGAAAAUCAGGCUAGUCAUCUCGAUACGAUUACAGAAUCUGCAGUUUUGAAGAACAGGACUGUGGCGAAGAAAAGGAAACAGCGCACAGAUUGGCAAAUGAAAUACUGCAAAGUGAGAUUGAUCGACUGUAAAUCCAUUCUUUAUAAGUAUAUUAAUCCCAAAGUUCUGGACAGACUUGGAAUAAUUGUCAUCAAUCCUUCCGCACCGAGUGAUUCGUCGUAUAUGCAGCACACCACAUGCAAUCACAAUGCGGCAAUAAUUCCUACUGCAGCUUCGAGUAAAAGUUUCUUUGACCCAAUCAAAUCCUGUGAUAAAGAAAAAUCCGAGAUUGAAAUCUUAGAAGAGAAAUCAACCACGGAAAGUAGCGAGAAGGAUUUUGUUCAGGAACUUGUUUCACAUACAGUAGAGAACAACGAAGAUGAAUCUGCGAGAAUGCAAUACACAGUCCAUAAAGGCCCUAUUUUGGACCUAAAGAUUUUUGAGAAUUCUUUCCUAGCAGCAAGCGAAGAUGGCAAAAUAUAUAGAUAUAGUCAAAAGUCUAAUGGAAUAUUGAAUAUAUAUAAAGGUCACAAAUCUGCGGUUACGUGUCUGUAUAUCUACAAGUCGGAUGACGCAGGAAUUGAGAAAAAUCUUAUGUAUUCUGGUUCCUUAGAUGGCACAUUGCGUUGUUACAAAAUAAUGACUGGCGCAUUAGUAGGAAAUCCGGCGCAAACAAAGAGUCCGAUUCAGUGCAUGGAUCAAGCAUGGGGUAUGAUCUUUAUUGGAACAAAAUCUGGACAUGUCUCGCGUUUCUAUAUCGAGGCUGGUGCUAUUAAAGAAGACAGUAUUCCGUUUUCGGAGAAAUCUGUACUUGCGCUUAAAGCGACGAACGAAGGUCCGAGAAGAAUUCUCAUUAUAGCAUCUCGAAAUCAACCGAUAAAUAUACGCGAUGCAUUGACCGGUUUACUUCUUCGUAUGAUUAGUGGUCAGAAUAAUUCUACUGUUUACAGUUUAUUGCGACAUGAUAAUUUGAUCUAUUGUGGUACAAGCAGCACAUCUAUAAACGUUUUUGAUUUCACGACGGGUGAACAAGUAACUCAAUACGAGGCUGGUGUUGGUAUUGUAUGUAUGCGGCUUUAUAAGCAAUUACUCUUCGCGGGCUGUUACGACGGCAAUAUUUAUGUUUUUGACAUAAAUAGUCACAAAUUAAUACAUAGCAUACGCGGUCCAGGGAAUAUGUUAUUGAGUGUAGAAGUUGUAAAUAGUAAGAUUGUAGCGGGAAGUAAAGACAAGCGUUUGCAUAUGUGGCAAAUGCCAACUCAAGUGCGUGCCUUACUUUGAACAAUGUCGUAGCAUGCUCAGGAAUUCUCUACUGUAAACAUAAUUAAUUAAAUGAUCAGUUAAUAUCAUGAUCAGUUAACGACUCACAAUUGAUCGGAUAAUAUUAUAUAAAUAUGUAGAGUGAGAAACUUGUGACAUUGAAGUUACGACUUAAUAAUAUACAUCCAUAUAUUUUCUAACUUUUUCACUAUAAAUAGUAUUAUAUUAUUACA